AUGGUGGUGAAGCGUUCCGGCCAUUUUGUGCCCGAGGUUCGAGACCGUGCCCCGCAAGCGGUCGACGCUAGACCAGCGCGUUACCCAAAGCCGCAAAGCACCCGCAUGGAGCCUGGUGCAGCGCCGCUGAGGACAUGCGCUGAGACGCACCCCGUCAUCGAUGCUGACGACCAAGCCGGGUGGUCCAUCGCCCAGCCUCACACGGAGAGGGUGCUCGAGUCACGUGCCUUGGAAGAGGCGCUGCUCGCUGGUCGGCCGCUAGUGCCCAGCACGGGCAGCGGCGGGAACAGCUCUAGCAGCGGUGGCUUCUUCUCCGCGAGCUACAGUGCACCGCAGGGGCCUGCCCCCGGAUUCGAGGCUCCGCCGGCGCAAUUUCACGCACACACCGAGCCGGUCGUGCGGCACGUCCCGGGCGUCUUGUCGGUCACUGAGCUGGAGCGCAGCUUUCAGGGAGUCACGACGUCUGCGACAAUGGCGCGGACGCCAACAGCACCACCUACACAGGCGACAGCAGAGACGCCGGGCACCGGCGCCUUGAAGACACCCUGGAAUUCUUCUUUGUCAGCGGGCUUGCGGUCAGGUACCGCUUCAACGACGCCUCAUAUGGCUGGCAGCGUUCCACGAGCAGAGCAGCACGCGAGAUCGCGAGAUCCUUCCACAUAUGAGAGCGCUUUUCCGUGUUGGUCAGCGACAGAGACCGGUAUUCAUGUUGCACCUGCGGAGGUGCAGCACCCGCGCGAGUCAUCGAGUCACCUCCAGGCCAUGAAGCCGCACGAGAUUGAGAAAGUUCGCUACCUGCAGCAACGCUCCCUGCACCUGACCGAGUCCGAAGACGCCGUACGGGCCGAGGCCUUCUAUGCCACUGAGCUGGCGGCUCGGCGACACGCUGCUGCAAGUCAGCAGCAUAACGUCCACGAACGCUCGAAGGUACUGUGGAAGGCAAACCAGGCACAAGCUGAACGGACGCCUUCGAUGGCAGGCAUGCCACCGUCGCAUAGCACCUCCACCAGCAUCACGGGCAAUGCUGGAGGUGUCCGCGGGCCCCGGAGGCAUCCGCCCAAUGCAGCAGCGUUGGCGUCAGCGCUGGGUGCUCCACCAAAGUGGACGCCACAAGCGCCCCGUCAGGUGCUAUCCCUGGAACUCGACCCCGAUUCAGCGACAUGGCAAGCAACCGAGCAGGCGAAUGGUGAAGCAAACCCCAGCGGCUCGUUCCACGAAGACCCGCGCAUCAAAGCACGUGGUCGCAUCGAGCAAGCGUACGAUGUGCUUCACGGGAUGGCGCUGGAGACCGGAUCCAGCCUAGUGACGCCAGCGCUCUUCGCGUCCUUGUCUGCUGCGCAGCAGACCGCCUAUCAGGAGACGCUGUGCAAGCUGCUGGGCCUCUACGAGCACGGGUCGUCUGCGAUGGGUGCAGUCGCAUCGUCUGGUGCGCCAACUGCUCAGCUCUUCUACAGUAUUUGCGCGAUUCCCAAAGGCAAGCGGUUACUCACGCAAGUGUGGCAAUUACUGCGUGCCACAGAUCGCCAGCGCGUCUAUCAGCUCUUUCUGGGGCGUCUCGCCGCUUACUGCAGUACUGAACUGGAAAAUCCUGCAAAUCAGCACGUAACUGAAGCAUUCUGGGGCAUCAUCACCGACGGCAUUCUGCAGUAUACGUCGUUGCACGAGCUUGCCGUACUCCUGGACGCCUUUCGCACUGGUCAUGCGCGCUCACGCGUCCUGACCCAGGUGGCGCUCUCGAGUGAGAAGGGCACGCACUUGUUGCGGAUGCUAUUUACGCAGGCAUUCAAACUCCUUCAGCAGCAACAGCAACAACAACAACAACAACAACAGGCGGCGUCGACCACCGAGAGCGCGGCCUGGACGCGCGCCGUCAACGCUUUCGUCGACUGGAUCACGCGUUACCUCGGAGAUGCGUUUGACCUCGCAAGUCCUCGCGCGGCUGCUGAGCUAUGGGAACUCAUCGCCCUAAUCGAUGCACUGAUCGAGCCUGGCUUGCAGGCACAGUUUCGAUCCACGCUACGAUCGUUGAUUGAACAGGGCCGGGCACCUCAACCACCGGCACCGGAUGUAGACGGCGGCCGACGCACUGCCUCCAGCACCCAGUGA